UUUAUGUAUAAAUAUGGUGAUGUCUUCGUCUCCAAGUGUAAAUCAUUCACCACAGAGAAAGAAGGAGAAGAAGAAGAAGAAGAAGACAUGGAUUGGUUCUUAUGGCUUUCAAGAACAGCUUUACAUCCUGCUCUGGUCUACGAGUACGGCCUUGCCCUAGCCCAUAACCAGCUUGAGCGAGAAGACAUCCGCUAUUUCAACCACGAAUUUCUUCAGAGUAUCGGAAUCUCCAUUGCCAAGCACCGUCUCGAGAUCCUCAAGCUCGCUCGCAAGGACACCGCACUUCGUCCUCGUCCGAUCACUCGCCUUCUUCUCGCUGUUAAGAGUACCAAGCGCCGUUUUGCUAAUCUAAUUCGUAGUUUCACUUGUCGGGAUCAAGACGACUCCAAAGCCCUAGUUCUUGUUCCCAAAUCGACUUACGUGGCUUUUCCGGUCCGAUUCUGUACGGUCUCCGGCCGGAGGAGAGGAAGAAGAAGAAGCAGAAUGGUCACUGGAGGAAUGGCGUCCAGGAGAUCAGUGGAUGCUGCUGUGCAUGGGAAUUGGGAAUGCUUCACUGUUUCUUUCUCAGUGGUGGGUGGGUGUAGCAGAAGACAAUCUUUAGGAACAAGAAGGGUGUGAUGAUUCUCCCUUUACCUUGUUUAUUUCUCUGUUUCUUGAGUAUCAUUCGUUCGUUCAUGCCUUUGGCUCUCUGUUCUAACAGGCUCAAUGAAUGGGAUGUUGAUUUGUUGAGUAGA